AUGUACAAAAUAUGUAAAGAAUUUAAAGAAAUUGAGAAACAUUUGCCUGAUAAUUUUAAUUUCGAUAAGGAUCAUAAACCUAGUAAUGCAUACACUUAUUAUUGUCAAACUAACAAGAAAAUAGGGAAAGGAAACUGUUUAACUGUCGGUCAAGUAGUUCGUGCUGUUACUAUGUUAUUACUUAAUAAAUUAUUCGUUUUGAAUACAAAUAUAAAUUUUGAAAAUAAUAAUAACGAAUAUAUCACGUAUGUUAUGCUAUGGUUAAGUAAUAAAAUGAAACUACUUACACAUGGGAGCUACGGAAGCGUGGCAGAUUUUUAUGUCACGUUUAUACAAAAUAGUAAUAUGUAUAAAUUAUAUCGUGAUAAAAUCAAUAUAAACAAAAAAAUAAUGAAUCUUAAUAUUGAUAGAAUGCGUACACUUUAUGGGUUACUUAAUAACCUAUGUAAUGCAAUUACUAAAUAUAACAACGAUUCUUCAAAUUACUCUGAUUUUUCAAAGUUUGUUAACAAUUGGAUAAUACAAUACAUACAACUUCUUUUAAAAAAAAAUAGAGUUUUUGAAGAUGAAUAUUAUUGUAAUGUAUUGGUGACUUUAAAAAAUGCUUAUGAGAAAUUUAAAAAAGAUAAUGGUACCAAAAGUUGUUUUCCAGAAAUUAUAGAGAUAGAAGGAAUAAAAACUUGUAAGCAAUUAGGUGAAGAAGCAAAAAGAUCAUCGAAAGUUAUAGAUGUGAAGUUUCGAGAACUGAAGGGGGAACAAAAUUUAGAGAAAGAGAAAGAUACCUCGAGAUAUAUAGAUGUUAUUAAAAGUGUAUUUGAAAUGUAUAGUUCAUUUUUUAGUAAUAUGUUUGCUAAUAUUGAAAAUAGCUUAUAUGAAAAUGUGUUUCCAACGUUAAAAAAUUUUUCUGAUUACACGAUUAAUUAUGUGAAAGAACUUAAAAAAACAAUAGAAAAAUAUGCACCAAAUAAUUGUAUAUCUGAGGAAAAAGACCCAGGGAAUAAACCACCAUCAUCUCAGAUAACAGUGUCAAGUCCAGUGACGAAACCAGAAGCUCCAGUAUCCGAAGUAGCAAGAGAUGGAACAACAGAAAUAGGUGAUAAUCCCCUCAACGUAUACAAGAAAAUGGGAAUUUCAAUUCUAAUUCUUUUAAUACCCAUUGCUUUAGCUAUUAUGUACAAGUAUUUGCCAUUUGGAUGGAGAAAGAAAUCGAAGAAAAAAAAAAACAUGAAAAAGGCUAUAAAUAUGUUUGAUACAAAUGAAACGACAGAAGAAGUUAUAAACCCAACUGAUCGAAAAAAACAAAUGAAAAUAAUUAUAAAUUUAUCUAGUCAAAACAAACAGGAUAAAAAGCUUACCAAUUCAUCUACUCCAAAAAAACAGGAUAAACAAUUUAUAAAUUCAUCUACUCAAAAAAAACAGGAUAAACAGUUUAUAAACUCAAAUGAUCGAAAGAAAAAAGUGGAAAUAAUUAUAAAUUCAUCUAAAAAAAAACAGACUAAGCAUUUUAUAAAUUCCACUUAUUGGGGAAAAUAUCCAUUAUUAAAUAUAUAUAAACUUAUGAAAGCCGAUCCUGUACCAUUUAUAAUUUUAUUUUUGUUAUUUAUUUUUUAUCUUUAUAAAAGAAAAGGCGAUUCUUUAGAAUAA